AUGCCGCACUCGCCUCUCCCAAGACCAGUCCCCUUCUCAGAGUUCGAGUUCUCCUUCGACCCCUCCCUCUCAAAUAUCUUCCCAAACCCACCGCCGCUCCCUUCAUCCGCAGAUCUCUUCUCCCCUGCAGAGACAACAGAUCUGCUCGGCUUCCUCGACAACUUCAACGACUUUGGUUGGGACUUUGCCAACACAUCAAACGAAUAUGUCCCCGAGCAACCGACGUACGAGCACGUACCGAACACAAUCGCGCCGUACUCAAACCCACAUCUGAACACCGUCCCCGAGCCUUCCACAUCCACUCGUUCCCGUGCUACACGGGGCUCGACGCGGGGCACCCAGCAAUCAUCACACAUACAAGACGAGCGUCCACCAGAGUUCGACACACGCGCGCCGAGCAAACCACAGAGCGUAGCUUCCGAUUCAUCCUCCAAUGCGACCACACCUACCUUCUCAGCAGCGAGUGCCGACGCCUCUUCCGCCCGUAGCUCCAGCCGGUCCAAACCCCUCCUCUCCACGCCCCAGAAACGCCUCAACCAUAUCAUGUCAGAGCAGAAACGGCGCAAUGCCAUCCGCGACGGGUACGCCCAGCUGAUUAGCCUCCUCGCACCAGCGGGCUCCGCGCCAGGCAUCGGCAUGCCCACCCGCGGGCGACCCAAAGGCAGUGGUAGUCGCGGGAAGGGUCAAACCAAAGGGAAGAGUGGUGUGCUAUUCCGCGCUGUCGAGUACUGUCGCUGGCUCGAGGAAGGCCGCGACUCGCUGCGGGAGGAGGUCUCCAGAGUCGAGGCGGCCGCCGGCAUCCGACCACCCUCAUCAUGA